GAGCAUGCGCAACAGUGUAACGCUGUUGUGGUUAUAGGAAGAUGGCAACUGCAAGUGCUUUAGAAGAGGAGGAAGCCGCGAAGCGGAGGAAGACGCACGGGAUGCUUAAACUUUACUACGGUAUCACAGAGGAAGGGAAACCCGGGGAGAGCCUGCUGGAGCCGACGGAUAUUGAUGGCGUUCACUUCAACCCGGAACUCUUCCUCACCAAUCUGAGGAAAGAGAGUUCCUUAUCUCAUCUCAUGGAUGUUGAAUCUGAUAUGGUUCGUCAGAUCAGAGCACUGGACAGUGACAUGCAGACUCUUGUGUAUGAAAACUAUAACAAAUUCAUAUCCGCAACAGACACCAUCCGUAAGAUGAAGAAUGAUUUUAAGAAGAUGGAGGAUGAAAUGGAUGGUCUGGCAGCAAACAUGGCUGUCAUCACAGAAUUUAGUGCCCGAAUCAGCAGUACCUUGCAGGAGAGGCAUCAGCACAUCACCAAGCUGAGCGGUGUUCAUACCCUGCUCCGUAAGUUACAGUUCUUGUUUGAGCUGCCUGCUCGCUUGAAGAAAUGCAUUGAGCUGGGAGCCUAUGCACAAGCUGUCUCUUACCACUCCAAAGCCCGUAGUGUCCUCCAUCAGUAUCAGCACAUGCCGUCCUUCCAUGGCAUCCAGACAGACUGCCAGGCUAUUAUGGCAGGACUGGCGCAAACUCUCCGUGAGAAAUUCAGGGACCCUUCUACCUCCCCACAGGAACUCUCUGAGUGCGUAGAGCUGCUUCUAAGUUUGGAGGAACCAGCUCACCUCCUCUGUGAUGAAUUCCUGGCGCAUGGGCGUGGCCGCUUGGACUCCCACCUAUCUGACUUAGAAGGUGCAGGAGAUAUUCUGGAGUUUAUUGACCGGGGCUGUGGCGGGUUCAUCAGUGAUGCCUGCCUAUUAGCUGCAUCUUAUCAAGGUCUCUUUUGCAAGGAGCCAGGAAGCACAACCCAGAUGGCUGAAGGAAAGCUGACUGCAUUUUUGGAGAUUCUGAGUCAAGGUUACUUUGAAUUGGUAGAGAAGAGGUUGAAGCAAGAAAAAAGCCUGGGAGACAAUUCACUUCUAGUGCGGGCACUGGAUAGGUUCCACCGUCGGUUGCAGGCUCCAUCCAAACUGGUACCAGGGUGUGGCUUCAACCGGCGUGGCACCGAGAUUGUGGUGAAGGCGGCACAGGAACGGUUGGCUCAGUAUCUGCAGGCACUUAAGGAUUUCUUCCAGGGAUGCCUAACCGAUGUGAGGCAGGCACUAGCUGCACCGCGUGUACCUGGAAAGGAGCCGUCAGCCCUUAGUGAGCUGCUGUCAGGGCUGUCUGCCUCUAUAUUAAAUCAGAUUAAAUCAGUGUUAGCUUCUGUGCACCUGUUCACAGCCAAAGACGUGGCAUUCUCUGACAAGCCAUACUUCAAGGGAGAAUUCUGCAGUCAGGGGGUCCGCGAGGGUCUAAUAGUUGCUUUUAUCAAGUCUGUGUGUCAGACAGCUCGCCAGUUUUGUGAUUCCCCUAGCGAAAAAGGAACCAGUACCCCACCAGCCUUAUUGCUGCUACUAUCACGCUUGUGCCUGGACUAUGAAACGUCGACUAUCAGUUACAUCCUAACCCUCACAGAUGAGCAGUUCUUGGGCCAGGAUCACUCCCUAGUCACCCCUGUGAGUACGCUCUGCUCCUUCGCUCACUCAUCAGCUCAGACUCUCCUCAAUCAGUAUGUCAAGUGCCAAGGUCUGGUUGUGUCCCAGAUGCUACGUAAAAGUGUUGAGACUCGGGACUGGGUAACAACCAUUGAGCCACGCAAUGUCCGAGCUGUAAUGAAGAGAGUAGUGGAGGACAUUACAGGAGUGGACGUGCAGGUUGGCCUACUCUAUGAGGAGGGUGUCCGCAAAGCUCACAGCAGUGACUCCAGUAAGCGCACGUUCUCUGUGUACAGCAGUUCUCGUCUGCAGGGACGAUAUGCGCAGAGCUACACUCCAAGUGCCCCUAUGGACACCAACCUACUCAGUAACAUUCAGAAGUUGUUUUCUGAACGGAUUGACAUCUUCAGCACCGUCCAGUUCAACAAG